UAUUGUUUUAGGGUUAUAUCGAGAUAUAAAUAAAUAAUUGACUAAAAUACUGAGUUUUCUGAUUCUGGACAUUUUCAUUCCCUUUGGCUCCUGCCCAUGUCCCAACUGUUGCUAUUUCUACAUUGCCUCUCCUUGGAAGCAGUUUGGUGUUUACUCUAGAGAAGUAGUUAUUUUAAUACAAGUUCAAACCAAAUGUAAUGAGUAAAAUAAGCUUCUGGGAAAAAAAAGUAUCAUGCAUCCCAGUGCCAAAUAUUUUCAAAUUAUUCAUUUGGUUGAUGCCUCUUAUGUGAUAAUUAAGAAAUAACUGGCUCACUUCUAGACACUGAGCCAGUCGGACUCUCGUUUGUGUACCUCGCUCUGCUUCCAUUGCAACCAUGUCUGACAAACCCGAUAUGGCUGAGAUUGAGGAACUUGGUAAGUCAAAACUGAAGACAGAAACACAAGAGAAAAAUCCACUGCUUUCAAAAGAAAGUGCUGAACAGGAGAAGCAAGCCGGCAAAUCAUAAUGAGGGCCCCCACCGCCAACACUCACUGUACACUCCACAAGUUAUUGCCUGCUUAAUUUUACUUCUUUUAGAGGUUUAAGUUCCUAAGACACAAAUAGGCUAGAUCAGUUUAAAUGACUGUGCUGCCCCUUUUCACAUCAGAGAACCACUGACAAGGCUGUACCUGCUUCUCCCAUCUGCCUCUCUGGCUGGCAGGGAAGGAAGAGAACCUGCAUGUUGGUAAAGGAAGAAGAUGGGACAACAAUGAAAUCUAGAGUAAAAACCAAGCUGUUCCAAGGUGUCCUACAGGCUGUAAAAUGCAGUUUAAUCAGAGUGACAUUUUUGUUCCUUAAAACAAUUUUAAUUAUUGGAAUGUGCAAUUUGUUAAUAUUCAAAUAAAAGGUUUUAAAACCUGGAG